GAAGAAAAAAAACAACGACAACAAACCGUUUAAAAAAAACAACGACAACAAACCGUUUUUUUAAAAACGAAAACAAGAACAAUAACUCUGCAUUUUUGCAAUUCAUUUCUGCAUUUUUGCUCUGAUUUUUUAUUUCGUUUGCACUUUAGCGGAUCACGAUGGAAAGCAAACCCAACCUGCAUUUGGAGGCUGGAGAGCUGGUGCUGAGGGCAUCUCAGGGGGCACUCACUGUGGAGAAACUCCAUCUUUCUCAGGUGUCCAAAGGAGUGCCCUUUGUGCCUAAAGAGCCUGAGGCUGUGCUGGGGGAGGCCAAGGUCAGGGUUAUCCGAGGUGGAGGGGAUCCCUUUGAUGACCUGCUGCUGGCAAGUCAAAGCGCCAUGCAGUUUGGUCAAUACAGGGGGAAAACCUUCAAAUGGAUGCUGGAAAACGACCUUGGUUACUCCAUCAUGGUCCUGUCUGGGCAUCAGUGGGAGCGCGAGGCUGGCAGACAGGACAGAGGUGCCCUCAUGGUCAACAAGGAUGCCUUUCUCCAGUAUGCCUGCUCAUUCAAGAUGCUUGCAGAAGCCAUCAAAGUGCGCAGGCAGCGAGAGGGCACCUUACCUGGCUGUGAGGGUGACUGUCUGGUGGGCUUUGGGAUCCACAAGAAGAGCACCUACAAGGAGCUCUAUGAGGCUACGGACAGGGAUAGGAAAAGCUACGUGAGGUUCAUCAAGCGCCAGGACACCAAAGCAGGCAGCAAGAUGGAUGCCCUAAAGAAAUACAUCCUGGGGAGGGACCAGCAGAACAUCAUGGCUUUAGGGGAAAAAGAAACAUCUACUGCAUCCCAGCCUGUUGUCCUGCGCCCUUCACGUCCGGCUUCUCCUCCUCCCACCCAAAGCUGGCAUUCCCAGCCAGCUACAGAACACGAGCCAACAGAUGAUGAUCUGCUAGCUUCAGCCAUGGAGGUGGAGACACAGGUACUUCCACCACCUUCCACGCCGAUCCGCUCACCUCGCUUGGCCCCUCAAAGUCUGGUGUCAGCGGCUUCUGAGGUUGUUCUCCCCCAGGCCUGGAAGCGCUCCCUUCCUAAAGAACAGCACGAGUGGAUCGGCCGCUCCCUCUUCCGACAACAGGGUGGAAAGGCAGUGCUGACUGAUAACCUGCAGAUGUGGUGGUACCCUCCCCAGCCACGUCUGCAGUAUCAUCAGCCUCCAGCAUCGCCAGACAUGUUCUUCACCUGGCCGCUGUGUUUGUGGAUGCCCUACAGGAUGUGGUCCUACAAGCUGAUCUGCAGCUUGCCAAACUGCAGGCGGUCCGGUCAGCGACUGACAUCUUGUGGGCUCUACAAGACAGUGAGGCGGGUGCUGAAUAUACACGGCUGGUAUUUUCUGGCAACAGAAUACCUGGAGUGUCAGCGCUGCCAUAAGAAGCAGGCCGCGUGGUCAUACGACAUCCUGGACCAGCUGGAUCCGGCUCACCGCAGGAUGUUCCCAGCUAUCCUCACUUACCGGUUCUCUUGUGAUAUGCAUGUGGCUAAGUUGAUGAGGGAGCGAUCUCUCGGCAACAGUGCCUCUAUGUUAUAUCACAAGCUAUGUGAACAGCAUAGUGAGGACUGGAUGGAGAGGUCCCUGCAAUACCUCUCUGUGUGUAAGCGGUUCCUGGGCACCACCACGCGACCCAUCACACCACCACCCAUGCCGCCUGUACCGACCGCCAGGUGGCUCCUCUACGCCCACGCGGAGGAUGUCCGGGCCCGGUAUGGUGAGCUCAAAGCCAGGGUGGUCAAAAAACUGGCGGGAGCUGCAGCUGGGACCGCAGCCUGGGUCACAAAUGUGGGCAAUGAGCACGGACAGGUCCUCAUGUCUGUGCUCACCUCACAUGAGGGUCAGGGACUCCUGCCCAUGACCACAGGCCUGGUGAGCAGGUACGAGGCAGCUGGUGUCGCUCCCCCCGCACUCCUUUACGUGGACAGAGACUGCUGCUCUUCUGUGGGCACAUGCAGAGCGGGUGCCAUGUUCAGCGGCUGGAGCGAUCUGGUGGUGCGUCUUGAUGUGUGGCACUUCAUGCGGCGCUUUGCCACGGGUCUGCAUACUGACAGCCACCCGCUCUACGGUCUGUUCAUGGCAAAGCUCUCUGCUUGCAUUUUCAUCUGGGACGAGGGAGAUGUGGCCCUGCUGAGGGAGGCCAAAAGGAGGGAGCUGGAGCAACAGCAGGGCAUCACAGGCCUCACAGAGGAGCAGCUAACCAGCAGGCUCACCUCCAGACAGCUGGCGCAGCACUGUCGCCGCUGCACACGUGGUGUGGAGGCGACAGAGAAGCUGAUCGGACAGAUGCUGGUGGCCUUCAAGGACGCCAGGGAAACCAUGGGCAUCCCCUUGGUGGACCAGGAGAGGAUGGACGCCAUUUGGGGCACCCAAAGGCGGCAUCUUCCUUGUAUCCAGGACCCCCUGGAGUGCAGCUGUACACCCAGACAGGAAGUAUAA